UACUGACAAACUGUAACUUGGACUCAGAAUCACUGAGAAUGACAUCAACUCUUUGAUAAUGUUCAUUUUAACACUGAGGAUUUUGGUGUGAACCGCUCUCCUCGGGUGGGUGCACGCUGAUGAGGUCAGCUCAUUAAUGCAGGAUUAUAUUUAUGCUCAAUCCUGAGCUCGCUCACACACACACACACACUCCUCACAGGAGUACUUACUGUCUGCCAGGGACCAUCACAGGUACGCAAGGCAGCCAGUGUGCAGAGGAGCUUCAGUUUGUCACCAUCUGAUGGAGGCCUGCUGUCCACCCGGCUGCUAACAGGUGGAUUUCUCUCAUAGGAGGCUCCCUUACUGCCGUGCAAACACACUCUCAUGAAGAUGUUUCCUUGGUCAGCUGUGUUCUCCUUUGAGCCCAAAGUGCCCGGCCAGCGCACCAUCAAGGAGAUGGUUACCAACACUCUCAUGCUGGAGCUGGGGGCGAUAGUGAAGCGCACUGAACGCAUCCAUUUGGAACGGGUAUCAGAGGGCCGUCGCCGUCGCUGCAGCACCUCCUCCUCGGCUGACUAUAGCUGGCUGGUCAACACCCCAGUCCCACGGCAUUAUCAGCUGACGCCCAACGACCUGCUGGAGCUCCAGGACCUCUGUGAGAAGAUUCCUCCUGCACAGUGUGGUCCUGUGAUUGUCAGGUUCAGAAGACUGGUGUCACAGAUGGAACCUGAGGUUCACGAGGUCCCCCGACUCUUUCGGUCCGUGCUGCGUGACUGUGUGGAUGAGUUGAGUGGGAAUGAUGACGAUGCACCAAUGAACGACCCGGUGUUCGAGAAGCGGCAUCGCAGCAAAAGCCUUUCCUUUGUUACUUUCCGCAGCAAGUUCUGCACGGGGCAUUUCCCGAAGGGCAACAACCUGAGAGGCUCCAGAGCCAAUCUGCAGCAGCAGGUGGACUGGACCGAUGAGGACAAUGAAGGGGAGGAGGAGGCCAUUAAAGCCAGGGCGAGGAAAGGAAGGAGUAAGAGUAUGCCCGAAAUCUGCCCCAUUGAAGAGAGUGCUCAUGGGUGAG